AUGCUACCAGUGUAUCAAGUUAUCACUGGGGUGAAAGGAUUGGACAUAUCACAACCGGAAUUGAGUAGCCAGCAAAAUAAUGCUCCUGCAAACAAUCCGCCUCCAAUAACCACCUUUCCUUCUCGAGUCCCUGCUGCAUUCGCUAAGACGAACCGCACAAAACCUGUCAUGUGUUGCUCACCGCUAUUUGUUGCACAGAAUUCACCACAUGGAGGCCCGAUAUCCAAUGCUGCAUCGCCUCAUUCGUCAGCGUCCACGUCUAAGGACAUUGAUGUGGAAGUAUCGCCCCUAUCAUCUAGCCAAACUCAAGCUUAUGACCUUACCGUACGACACACUUCCCCUAUCAACUCUUAUGCAGGGAAUUCUCAUAAUGGCAAUCAACCGUCGGUAUCUUCUGGAUUUAAUGCUCCUCCUAUUCAUACUGUAAGGACAUACGGAUUCAUCGCUAUCACAAAUUUUUUCGUUAUUUGGUCUUUAUUAACUUUAGAGUAUUAA